GCAUCUCCAGUGGGCGGACAUCCCACUAGGACAGGACAUCCCAAAAACACAAUUUAAUAACUAACUACUUCUCAACCAAUUCGAUCAAUUUUAAUCUUUUCCCCUUUCCUCUGUUUCUUCACAAGUACAAUUUUUCGGCGAUGGAUAUUGCAGAGAAAGAGGAAUAAGGCUUAAAUCAGACUGUGGGUAGGGUUUUAGAGAGAGAAGGAAUCAAUUAGCGAAGAAACAGCGAUGGCCACAAAUACUAAAUCGAGUAAUUUAUCGAAACUGAAGCCCAGAGUUGGAGAUGGCCAUUCUUCUUCAAAACCCAGAAUCGAUUCAUCUGCAUCGAAAAAGAAUAUUAUUGGGGGAUCAACAGGAAUUCUGCAGCUGAUUCCAAAAAUAAAUCCAAAAUUAGCAAAUAAAACCCAACAAUUAGCAAACAAAACCACCGCUCCCCUGUUAGCUUUGCAAUUCAAGAGCUCGGUGAAGAAAAGCCGGCUCCAGCACAUAGCUCGACAUUGAGCUGGAAGGAUCUCUUAGUUGGUCAAGGGAGAAGAAAAGGACGACAACCCAGCUGGCCGACGGCACAGGCUGAUGGUUCCAGUGCCUCAAAUACUCUCUCAUCUCUUAUUCCCACUCUACCAAAUAACCAUCCGAUCUCUGUCAAACUUGGAGACAACAACUAUCUGAUAUGGAGACAGCAAAUCUUGGCAACCAUAGAAGGAUACGGUCUGGAAUCUUUCCUCAUUGGUGACCAUCUACCAAAAAUGAUCGAGGCUGGUCAAGCUGGACAGAUGCAGGCAAAUCCAGAGUUUCUCGCUUGGCAUCGACAGGACCAAAGAUUAUCGGCUUGGAUCCAAGCUUCCUUGACCGAAAGUGCCAUGAUCCUUGUAGUGGGACUCAGAUCUACAAAGGAUAUAUGGAAUGCUCUUGAAACCACCUUCGCAAGUCAGUCCAAAGCGAAGAUAAUGCAGCACAAACUACAACUCAAAGGAGUCGCUGCCAAUGAAGGAUUACUUGAGCAAGAUGAAAACUUGUUGUGACCUGCUUGGAGCCACUGGCUGCAGAAUCGAAGAGGAAGAUCAAAUACUGUACAUUCUUGGUGGCCUUGGAAGAGAAUAUGACUCUGUGGUGGUAACAGUCACUUCCAAAGCUGAAAGCUCCACCGUACAGGAUGUAAGUGCUUUGCUACUGAGUUUUGAGUCGAGAAUUGAAGCAGAUAAGAAUUCCUCUAUAAAUCUUGAAGGCUCGCAACCUACUGCUAAUGUUGCUAACUCAUUUGAGCCAAAGAAAGAAGGAGGAUAUCAACAGAGGGGGAACUUUCACAACUCUGGAAGAACACAAGGAAAUAGAGGAGGAUAUGCCUUUAGAGGUAGAGGAGGCAGGAGCUCAAACAACCGCCUCAUCUGUCAGCUUUGUCAAAAGCCUGGACACUCGGCUGAAAGGUGUUGGUAUAGGUAUGAGCCGUCCAAUGGUGGAGGACCUAUAUCCAGACAAAAUCAGCAGUCUCAUCUUCAUCAACAAAGUCACUUUCAUCCUUCAAAUCCUACUGCAAAUUUGGCACGUGCUCAGGGGCCACAAAGCUUUCAGUCUUCCCCUUCACUGUAUUUAUAUUUUGUAUCAAAAUGUGGUUUUGAUGUUAACUCUAAUGCCUCUUGGUAUCCAGAUUCAAGAGCGACUCAUUGUUGUCCUUGUUGUUGUUGUUUCUUUGCAGAGAUUUUGAAUUUGAGCUGUGCCUCCUUAAGUGUGCCGCGAGGAUGAACAAUGCCGAUGCACCUUCCAAUGAUGAUUUGAACCGCUUGGUUCUUGAAUUCUGAGGAGUACUCUUGAUGCCCCAUUAUGAUCAUUCAAGGCAGUGAUUGAGCAGUGGCUGGGUAGAGAGCAUUCAAGGUAGAUUUUGGAUGGAGAGCAUUCAAGGCAGUGGCAGGAUAGAGAGCAUUUACUCCAUUUGGUGUAAUGGCAGUGGUUGGGAAAUGCUUUGUAGGCAGUGGAGUAUUAAUACAGUGAAUGGAAAGUGGCACCACCUUUAAAGUGAAUGGAAAGUGGCGCCAGUAUUUUGGUGAAUUUUUUGUAAUGUCUUUGACUUGAAUUUUGGAAAGUUACAGAAUCCAUUUUGAGUUAAUAAAAGAGCACCUUUCUAUCUA